AUGCUUCAAACCCGUAAGCCCUGGAUGCGGAUAUCGCAACAUCUUUCCGUUAUUAGAUCUGAUACAUGGGGUGCAACACGGUUCUAUAAGAAGUAACCGAGCCAGUGCGGUGUAAGCUGGCCUGAAUGACCCUUGAAUAGGACUUGAUCAUUGAAAGGCAAAAGAAUAAGGGGGCUGAUUGGCAAUAUUAAUGUCGAGUGUGUCGCUUCGAGAUAGCAAACUUGGUCUUCCUGAGAAAUGGAUUUCGAGAAAUCGUGAAAAAGGUCUGAGGAUCGUGCCAACAAAGGAACUAAACAGCAGUUGCUAGGCCGCUCGACAUUAUGUAUCGCUUCUCCUAUCCACUUAGAAGGGAAUACCCUUACAAGUGGCUUACCCCUCUUGUAGCAGUAGGGGUGCUUAUCGCGAUCGCAAGCGUUCUGUUCGUCAACAUAAUAACCCAAAGUUACCAGCUCGUCGCUACCACAACCAAUGACAUCCGCGCCUUGCGAGCCGAGCAUCAUUCUAAUAGCUUCUUUAGCAUUUUGCGCCGGAACACGAAUGUGUCAUGUGAUUACACCUCGCUUCCAGUCAACAGCGAGAUCUUCACAAGAAACUAUGCGCUGCCUUAUACCAUCAGGAAAGUCUGGCAACAGUACGAUAAUGGGACGAUAGAAAACCUGGGAGCCUUGCCAUACCGCGAACACGCCCUAAAUGACUGCAACGUAACGAGUGUCGGGAUCACCGUCAACGGAAAAUUUAGCCAGGGUCCACUCCUCAAUGCCCGCUCACGCGUAGGACUUGACAUCAAACCACAAGCGAUGUGCGCCAUCAAGGUCGAAACGCCAAAACAGAAGAAUACGAACACAUACUUUAUUCUUGAGGGCGCAUACAACCUCAUAGACGACCGCCCACACUUCCUGCUUAGAAACAGGACAUCGUCAGCAAGCCUAUUCUGGGGUGAAUCUUUGCUGUCAUUGUACUACCUCGUGACUAGCCACGCGUAUUACAACGCCUCGCUCAGCAGGCCCUGGGGUGACCCGAAUAAUAUGUAUUCCGCGUAUACGUACUCAGCGUUCAUCAAUCUAACGCGGCAGUCCACUGCGAGCGUCGGGGGCCCGGACGAGGUUAUAAGUGAUGACUUCUUCCAGAUAUAUUGUACCACCGAGAAUAACCUCUGCCUUAACACCACGAUCCCAUCAUUGUCACAGGGCGGUGGCACCGGCGUAGGACACUAUGGGUCACCGUAUCCGACUAUCUGGCCCGGCGUGAACAUCCUAGGCAAGGCAAUGUGGUUCACGGCGAUGACGGACCUUGGGCAGAAGGACAUCACCGUCCCCAAUAUGCUCGCGGAUCAAAACCUACUAGUGAAUCUUACGAGCAACUUGACGAACGAGGUGAAUGCAUGGCUUGAGGUGCAGAAUUCGUCCGACGACAGAGGCAGCACGAGUACGCUUGACAUGAGUCUCGCUACUACGACCUUUGAUCCUUCUGUCACACCAGCUCCCGCACUUGGCGUCCACACUAGUUAUUUCUCGACGAAUUAUAUCUGCCAGAAGCCAAUGCUUAAACCAGCUGGCACGCGCGUCAUAGCAAUCCUAUCAUCCUCGCUGAUUUUGUUGGACACCAUCUGGAAGGUCUUCUGGUUUGUUUUCAACUUGAUCGUUUCAGGCAGGCUAGAGCGAACGGAGAAUAACGUCGUCGGAGUUCCUAUUGCGGGGGAUAUGAGUUCAGGGGAUUUACAGGGGAAGGCGGAACAAGAAGCCAAGACCUAUGUACAAGUGAAUCAAGUGGAGCGACCUCUGGAUUAAGGAAGUUGUCAUGGGUCGCAUACAAAAGUCACACUUUUUUUUUUUUACCUCAGUGCAAUCAACCAACAUUGAAGCUACAAAUUUCUAGCUAAUACUUCCAUAUAGAUAAUGUCUAGGGCUAUACUUUAUAUAAACAAUACGGUAUAUAGAUACCUAACUAAGUAAAAAAUUAGUAAGUGUACUUAAAGGAAC